AUGGAGGAUGCACUCUUUUGGCGUCACAAGCAUUCGUUUAAAAUAUUUUUUUGUAUUGACUUAGAUAUAUCUUUACAACUGCCUAAAAAAAAUUAUAUUAACUUUACUAAAACAAUGGAUUUUCAAUUUAAUUUGCCCUCAAGUAAUACGGACCUAUUAAAUUCGAGUGGCGACAGUUAUUAUGUGAAGCAUUUGUAUAGUGCUAAUGAAAUACCAGAUAAAUUGAAAGCCUGCAAACAGAUGUUAUUUCAGAGUGAUCCGUUUUAUAUUUUCGAUCAUUUUGAUACCUAUUACGCGGUUAUUGAAAAUAAAAGCACAGAUGCAGCGGCUAUGAAGAAUUUGUUCCGUGCAUUCGAUUUAAUGUUUAUAACUGUAGACAAAUUGGGCAGCAGUUUGGCACCAAUUUUAGCGGCUACGGAACCGCCUGCACCACAGCAUCGUAAAGGUUAUUUAAAUUUAACUAAGAUGUGUCUAUUUCUGUCAGUGAAUGUGGUGCGUAAAAUUGAUGGGAAUAUAGUACGCUUGCAGCAACAACAUCAAAAUAGUCAACAAAAGAGAAAAGGCAACAAACUGUUUGAUACAUUAGAGGAAUAUCCUGAUUGGGACGUUAAACGCAGUAAAUUUCUGAUACAAUUGUAUAAUUUAAUGCAAUGUCCGUUACAAAAAUUAUGGAGUCCACCAGUGGCAGAAGAAAAUUUUGUCAAUAUGUUAUGCGAGGUAUGUUAUCGCACCUUGGAACUGUUGCAUGUGCGCAAUGACAAUCGCCAUGUUGUGGAGACUAUUUUCCAGAUUUUCGGUAUCGCCAUCAAACGUUAUAAUCACGCUAUAAACUUCCCUGUGAGAAUUUUGCAAAUUUUGCGUUCUACGGAACAUGCCGGUCGAUCAGUAGCGUACGGAAUCAACAUUUUGCAUGAAGAAUUCGGCAUAUCCACUGUUUUUUCGGUUCUGAUUAAAGAAAUAAUUGAAAGUUUAUCUAUGGGUUCAGCCGACACGCUUGUAUCACGUUAUUUUUCGAACUUUCUUGCGGAACUUGCAACGAUUGCUCCAAAACUAAUGAUACCUCAUUUAUCUACGUUGGGCGAUGAACUGCUUGGGUGUGAAUCACAUGUAUUGCGCAAUUGCAUUUUACAAAUUAUGGGUGAUGCUGUAGUAGGUGAACUUACUUCUGAAGAACUGCCAGAGGAUAUGAAAGAAGCACGUGAUGAAUUUUUGGAAAAUUUAUUGAUGCAUAUCAAUGAUAUAUCAGCGCAUGUUAGAGCUAAAGUUUUACAAAUAUGGAAUCACAUGAAAGAAGAACAGGCUGUCCCUCUAUCUUUUCAGCUGAAAGUUUUAUGCGCUGCAGUAGAAAGGCUGGAAGAUAAAACAUGCUCAGUGCGUAAACAAGCCGUUCAAUUAAUUAAAGCCUUUCUGGAAAGAAAUCCAUUUGCAGCAAAACUAACUCUGGCCGAAUUGCAGAAAAAAUAUAAUGAAGAGGUAGAGAAAAUGGAAAGACUAUCAGCAUUAUUGGCUGCAGAACGAAAGCAGGCGGAGGAACUGGAAGAAAAAUGGAGUCUUGUGAUACCAAAAAUGUUGCCCUUCAUAGAAGACAUUGUAAAACAAACUGAAGAUCCACCACCGACGCAAGAAACCUAUGAAGAUUUAGUGCAGCGUAUUAACACAAUGUUGUUGGAAGAGAAAUAUGAAGAAGCAGUUUCAUUAGUGCGAAAAGCUGACCAUGUUGCUGGCAAUUCAGAACUGAGGCUUUCGUUAAAAGAGGAAGAACAGUGUGCUUACUAUUUGGCUUUGCUGAAAUCUUACAUCUUUUUGGCCAACGGUUGUAAAGAUAGUAAUGAAGAAUUUGGUACUCAAAUUAAAACGGUAAAAUUUUUACAAGAUUCCAUUGAGUUUUCAAAAGCUAUUUCUAAAGCCAUGCCCAAGCUUCAAGAAAUGCUUUUGUCCAAAAUAAAUUCCGAUGUUUUUGAAGCGGUUGAUUUGUUUACAACCGGCUAUAUGUUCGGUAUCAAAGGUACAGAAAAUGGUAUGCGACAAAUGUUGUAUUUGGUUUGGUCUUCUGAUAAAGAAAAGCGCGAUGCUGUAUCCGAUGCCUAUAAAAAGGUUCUAUUUACUACUGAUCAAACAGGCAGGACACAUGCUUUGCAUGUCGUGCAGAAUCUCUCUCGGUUCCUAGAAAGUCUCGAAUAUGGUCACUACACUGCAAUGGAAUGCUUAAUGAAAGAAUGGGUUCACAAUGAAGACAUUGAUAGCUUAAUUAUACAAGUGCUAUUUGAACGCUUUACUUUGAAAUUGGAAGGCACUACAGAAAAUGAGUCGCGUUUAGCUUUACAGUUAUUGAUAAUGUGUUCUUACGCGAAGUCGUCAAUAGCGUCAGCCAAUAUUAGCAUUAUUGAAAGUAUCGGUUUGGGUUUGCGAGGCAAACAAGAUCCUCGUAUCUACAGCGGCUGUUUGGAGUUUCUACUAAACUCAAUCGACCAAUCAUCGGCAACAAAAUACUACAAACGGUAUGAAGCCGAUCACAGCAUAGUACAAAAAGUCACUGAAAUGUAUUCAAAGUUCUUCUUUCAUCCUCGAAUACCCGAUUUUGAUCAAGUUACAAUGAAAACAUUGCAAUUUUAUUAUCGAUUAUGUCAGACCCCAGACGUGAUUUCCCAAACCCUGGUUUCCGAUAUAUUAAAGCAAUUUAAAAAGUUUGCUGUUCAAUUGGGUGAGAUGACAGCGUCUCAACACGCCCAGUCCCUUGAGACUCCUUUUUCACAAGCUAUACCGGGCACGCAAUCGCACCUAACAGUGGCGUCUCAAUUGAAAAUGCCGGUGUUCCUUUUAACUCGCUUCAUUUUCAUGAUUGGUUAUAUGGCAUUGAAGGAAAUGAUAUUUCUUGAUAUCGAUGUUUACAAUAACAUGAAAUACCGCCAAGAAUUAGCAGAAUGUGAACAGAAGAAAAAGAAGAGCGCUUUCACGAAUUGUAAUGAAAACCGCCGCAAAACGACUAAUUUAAAUAUGUCUGCCACCGAAUCGUUGAAACGUUUAACAGGCGCGGCAGCCGAACCGCAGCAGGAGCCUGACGAAGACUUAGUAGGUGCUACUGCUGAAGAUAAUGUGGCGGAAUUAAUCAAUCAUAUCUGCGAGGAGAUUUUAUUUCAUGACGAAAAUGCUUUAUUACCGAAACUGUUCCCCUACAUUUUAGAGAUUUGUAAAUAUCCAUUUAAAUAUCGUGAUCCGACGUUACAGCAAUCAGCCUCUUUGGCUCUUGUACGUUUUAUGUGCGUUUCAUCACGAGUUUGUGAGUCUUAUAUGCCUUUCUUGAUGAAUAUUCUCAGUCAUACCAAAAAUAUCAAAAUCAAAUGCAACAUUGUGAUCGGCCUAUCAGAUCUCACAUUUCGCUUUCCUAAUAUUAUUGAACCAUGGACUGGUCAUUUUUAUUCGACAUUACACGAUGAAAACACAGAGUUGCGUUUAACGGCAGUGAAAAUGUUAUCCCAUCUAAUCCUGCAUGAGAUGAUACGCGUUAAAGGCCAAAUCGCGGAUUUAGCAAUAUGUAUAGUGGAUGAUAAUGACGCGAUUAAAAAUAUAACUCAACAGUUCUUUAAAGAAAUCGCGAAUAAAUCGAACAUUUUAUAUAACGUGUUACCGGAUAUCAUUUCCAAAUUGAGUGACAGUUCCUCGAAUCUAGAAGAAGAGAAAUAUCGCAUAAUAAUGCGUUAUAUAUUGGGCCUGAUACAUAAAGACCGUCAAGUCGAAACCUUAGUGGAAAAGCUUUGUCUACGUUUUCCGGUAACUCGUGAUGAAAGACAAUGGCGUGAUAUAGCUUAUUGCCUAAGUCUGUUAUCGUACAAUGAAAAAACUAUCAAAAAAUUGAUCGAUAAUUUGCAGUAUUUUAAAGAUAAAGUACAAAUCGAUGAAGUCUAUCAGUCGUUCAAAUUAAUAAUCAGCAAUACCUCAAAAUUAGCUAAACCCGAACUAAAGACAUUAAUCGGUGAGCUCGAUACUCGUAUAAAUGAUUGUUUAAAGAUAAGAGAACCUACAAAUGAGGAUGAGGAACGUAACAGUGAAAAUGAUAAAGAAACCGGUAAAAAGGUAAGAUAUUCAAAGAAAAAAUCUGGCAAAGCUUCAACGCGUUCCAAUAAUCGGCGAAGACGUGGAAAACAAGAUUCUUCAGAAUCUUCAUCAGCUCAUGAGUCCAGUAACUCAUCAAGCGAUUUUGAAGAUGAGCCUCCUAAAAGUAAUAAGAAUAAGCAAAAACCACGCAAUAAAGUUAUACAAGAAACAGCCAGUUCUGAUGAAGAAGAAUUACAAAUACCGAGAAGGAAACGUGGCCGUAAUAAUAAAUGAGUGGACCACAUCUUAAAGGAAAUAAAUGAACUACUCGAUCAUGGCAGCAGACGUUUUUCAUUUCACAAAAACAAAAAAAUUUCGUAAUUAAAAUAGUUUUUCGGUUAAAAGGUAACCUGUUGUUAUGCACAAGAUUAUGCACAAGGUUACCUUUUCAACGAUACUUACGCUAAUUGUCCUCUUAAAGAGUAAGUUUCUUAAAAAUUGUCAGUUCGAGUAUAGUAUUAUGAAGCUAAUGAUCGCUUUAGGCCAUUAAUUGGGAUGAACUUGGCUCUUCCCCGCCCUCGUAGGCAAAAAAUUAUGCUGUCCGUCCCACCAAAACAAAUCCUUCACAUUAUUGUAUUGAGAUUGCUUGUACCACGUCCGUUCUUAUGGCAGCCUGGCAGAAUUGCAUCGCAAUGUUUGGCGAGUGCAUCUGUUUGCAUCGCAAUGUUUGGCGAGUGCAUCUGUUUGCAUCAAAUUUUCGUGCCAAUAAGAAAUUGGUAUUUAUAGUAGGCCAGCUCAUGGUUGACGUCAAUCUUUUCUACUUUCUCCUUUUGCACCUUAUUUGCUUCUUUCCAAUUUUGCUUCUCAUAGCCGUCAUUGAUAUCAAAGUAUGGAAGAGUUGGCGGAGAUUUUGAGGAAAAGAACCAAAUUCUAUUCUUCCUACGUAUUUUAAGAUGAGGACUGGGAACUGUACCAUAUUACUAUGACCGUAGCUAUCCCUUAAUUGCUUUAAAGCAUUUCCUACCAUGAAAAAAAGCACACCUUUUCUUCGGACCAUAUUAAGUCCUGACGCUGAUAGCGUUUAGUUUAAAAAAAAAACCUAGUUGUAAAUAAAUAAGCGGCGCUUAUACAGUUUUGUUUUUUGUGCUUUAACUUGACAACUGAUCGCUUAGAAACGAGAGCAGGAAA